AUGCAGCACUCGUCGAGACCCUUGACGCACCAGCGCCCCUCGCUCUCCGCAGUCUCCUCGUCACUGCCUGCACGCCAGACGCACGCGAGAAACUCGUCCCACUCUCUCCUGACCGGAGCCCUCAACCCGAAUCACCGCGUCACUCGACGCAAGUCCGUCACCAACCAGGCUCACAACGUUGCCGCCCUCACCGCCGCCCUCACCGACGGCGACCCUACCACCGCGAUCCCCAUUGCCAACGCCUCCGCUCGACGAAACACCAUCUCCAAGGCUUUCAAGAUGUCGGUAGCUGCCAGCCUUCCCUCCCCGCCUGCUAGUCUGCCGCUGCACCGUUCCCUCGCAGAAUCCAAGAUGCACCAGGACAGCGCCAUCGACGACGAUUCCAUGUCGGGCGACGAUGCCGACGGCUCCGUCGACGAAAACCGCGCUCGUCGUGCUAGUGACGGCCAGCCCUUGACAAAGGAUGGCAAGAAGAGCAACCGCGUCGAAGUUCGAUGUGAGACCUGUGGAAAGGGCUAUAAGCACAGUAGUUGCUUGACAAAGCACUUGUGGGAGCACACCCCAGAGUGGUCCUUGACCUCGAAGCUGCUCAUCUCCAAGCACCAGCAAGUCCAGCUGCUUGAGGCUGCCUCGGUCCUUGUUGCGAUGAAUGGUCCCAGCCAGGAACCCGAGGUAGUCACGCCUCCCGACUCUGCUAAGGACUUCGCCAGCGAGCCUGAAUCCGCCUCUCCGUCCGCCUCUGGCUUCUCGGAACAGCAAGAUCGACACAACUCGACUGACCCGACCCCUCCUCCAUUUGGCGAACCACUGGGUUUUGACGGUCUGGCCUAUCGUGAAAAGCGUCUGAGUGGCGGUAGCGGCAUCGCUCAAAGUCUCCGAUCGCCCCAACUUGGCCCUGAGCACCUCGCCAACAAUAUCCCACAUAUCCAGUGGAACAGCGGCCGCCGACCCUCGUUAGGGCCUGCUGGCACUGGCAAUGAGGACCGCGAUCUGGCUGCUGCCGUCGAGCUUCUUAGCUGCAGUUUUGGUAGCAACGGUGGGCGUGAUGUUGUCGGCGUCGCUGCUGAUGCCCCGCCCGUACCCCCAGUUCCCGAACAGUACCGUGAUCAGGCACGCUCCUUUUCACACACUGGCUUCCUCAACAGUUUCCCCCGACGCCAGCCCGAGAGCUUUACUCGAGGCGAGUUCCGAAGUAGUAGCCAAGAUGUCAAGAUGGAGGACAGUGGCGAGUCGGCGGCCGACGAAGAUGAUCUCGAGUCUCGCGCUCGCGCUCGCAGUGACGAAGACGACGAUGGUGUCUUUGGCCGUAUGGAGGAAUAG